CAACCCUUUACGGUUCUCUUUCUCAAAUCUCAACACUUCGACUGACCUCUCUCGUCCAACUUCGACGCAGCCACCACCAUCACCGGCAACGAGCGAAGCUCGAAGGGCGGUAGUUUCAAAUUGUGGAAGUCCAUUUCCUUUGGCAAAUCAGUGCAUUGAGUUGGUAGUGAACAUAGCAAGACGAUUUUCGCAGCGGCUGAAGUUCACAAAUGGCUUUCCUGUUUAACAAAUUUCAAGAGGCUGUGAAAGUUCUUGCAAAAAGUUGUACUUUUGCCAAAGAUCCAAGGCAGCUACAAUUUGAAGCAGACAUAAAUCGCCUUUUCCUGUAUACCAGCUACAAUCGUUUGGGAAGGAAAGCUGAAGAGGCUGAUGCAGAACAGAUCAUUGAAAUGGCUACCAAAGCUUCUGUUGCUGAUCAGCAGAAGCAAGUCCAAGAAAACAUCCAUUGUCAAAUGGAAAAUUUCUGCACAGCUAUGGAUGAAAUUCUUCACCCUGAUGUGAAUAAGAAAAAUGAGCCAGGUGAAGCACUUGGACAGUCAGAAACUGCUCGUCGAAGUGGCCUUAGUUUCGCGGUUGGAAAGAGUGGUCCAUCUACUGUUUGCCCAGCUAUACAGGAGACAAGGCCAUUGAAGAGUGCUGAAGUUUCAUUGAGGUUGAAAGAUCUCAUUGGCUACACACUUAGUCUAAAACCAUCUCAGAUAGCCCACAAAGAAGCUGGACAAGGCUUAUUUGUAAAUGGUGAAGCUGAUGUUGGCACAGUGAUUGCUUUGUACCCUGGUGUGAUAUAUUCACCGGCUUAUUAUCGCUAUAUCCCUGGAUACCCAAGAGUUGAUGCCCAUAAUACAUACUUGACUGCAAGGUAUGAUGGUACUGUAAUCAAUGCACAGCCCUGGGGUGCUGGAGGUGAAGCCCGUGAAGUGUGGAAUGGAUUAGUUGUGCCAGAAGUCAGACCUAAUGGGCAAAAUAGCGAGAAAGGUACAGAUCGGCUCUGGAAAAUGCUUAGUAAGCCUUUAGAAGGGAUACAAGUUGGUCGUAAUAGUGUGGUCCUAGAGCGAAGGAACCCAUUAGCUUUGGCUCAUUUUGCGAAUCACCCAGCAAAAGGUAUGGCUCCAAAUGUUAUGAUUUGCCCUUAUGACUUCCCAUUGACUGAGAAGGACAUGAGGACCUAUAUACCAAAUGUACCAUUUGGCGACCCAGAAGAAGUGAAUAUGAGAAGAUUUGGUAGCUUUUGGUUUAGGUCUAGGGCAAAGAAGGGUGGGGCCGAUGCUUCUGUACUGAAGACUCUUGUCUUGGUGGCUACUAGGGCACUUUGUGAUGAAGAAGUGCUGUUGAACUACAGGUUGAGCAACUCUAAGCGAAGGCCAGAAUGGUAUACUCCAGUGGAUGAAGAGGAAGACCGGAGGAGAUGGAGCUAACAAGUGAAUGUUGACAUUCAAAAAUUUUGUUUAUGCAGGGUUUAGGCCUCGGGAACAUACUUGCGUUGCACCAAGGAUCUGGCUUGGAUUGUACUUCAUAUUCUUUAACUUUGAGGUACUGGUCUCACUUCUCAACAUCUUUAAAGCUAUAACGUCUAGGUUUGAUGGGUUUGACUAUAGAUUAAAAUAACAGGACUGAAUUAUCUUAUUGGUGGUUCAGCAAAACUUUUUAGGGUGAUUAUUUUGAAUUUCUUGGUUUUUUCCAAUUACCUGUGAUUCUCACGUGGUUUAAUGAAAUUAAAGAGUGAAUCUUUGAUUUGUUGGAA